AUGGAUCGUUCUGAUUGGUCGAGGGAACAGCUGACUUCCUGUGUUGGAGGGUUAGGGCCAGGAUCAGAACCAGGAUCAGAGACCAGGGACAGCCCUGAUGGAGCCCAACACCCACUGAGACCAGGAUCAGAACCAGGAUCAGAGACCAGGGACAGCCCUGAUGGAGCCCAACACCCAUUGAGACCAGGAUCAGAACCAGGAUCAGAGAGCAGGGACAGCCCUGAUGGAGCCCAACACCCACUGAGACCAGGAUCAGAACCAGGAUCAGAGAGCAGGGACAGCCCUGAUGGAGCCCAACACCCACUGAGACCAGGAUCAGAACCAGGAUCAGAGAGCAGGGACAGCCCUGAUGGAGCCCAACACCCACUGAGACCAGGAUCAGAACCAGGAUCAGAGAGCAGGGACAGCCCUGAUGGAGCCCAACACCCACUGAGACCAGGAUCAGAACCAGGAUCAGAGACCAGGGACAGCCCUGAUGGAGCCCAACACCCACUGAGACCAGGAUCAGAACCAGGAUCAGAGACCAGGGACAGCCCUGAUGGAGCCCAACACCCACUGAGACCAGGAUCAGAACCAGGAUCAGAGACCAGGGACAGCCCUGAUGGAGCCCAACACCCACUGAGACCAGGAUCAGAACCAGGAUCAGAGACCAGGGACAGCCCUGAUGGAGCCCAAUACCCACUGAGACCAGGUCUUACAGCAGAGAAUGUGAACCCAGCUCUCACAGCGGUUGUUUAG